AUGGCGCUCCGCGGGCCCCCCGGGCCGCGCAAAGUUCGUAGGAGGCGAGAGAUGCUGCCGCAGCAAGUUGGCUUCAUGUGCGCGAUUUUGGCCCUGGUGUGCUGUGCGUCUGGCCUCUUUGGCAGCUGGGGGCACAGAACAGCUUCUGUGAGCAAAUAUGUUCUCCCAGAUACCUGGAGAAAUAGAAGGCUGAUGGCACCAGUGAAUGGGACUGAGGCAGCUAAGAAUUGCACAGAUCCUGCGAUUCACGAGUUCCCCACAGACCUGUUCUCCAACCACGAGCGACAGCACGGGGCCGUUCUGCUGCAUAUUCUCGGGGCUUUGUACAUGUUCUACGCCUUGGCCAUAGUAUGUGAUGACUUCUUUGUUCCAUCUCUAGAGAAGAUCUGCGAGAAACUCCAUCUGAGCGAAGAUGUGGCUGGAGCCACCUUCAUGGCUGCGGGAAGCUCAACACCAGAGCUGUUUGCCUCUGUUAUUGGCGUGUUCAUCACCCACGGAGACGUCGGGGUUGGGACCAUCGUGGGCUCUGCUGUGUUCAACAUCCUGUGUAUAAUUGGAGUUUGUGGAUUAUUCGCAGGGCAGGUGGUCCGUCUGACAUGGUGGGCUGUGUGCCGAGACUCCGUGUACUACACCCUGUCUGUCAUCGUGCUCAUUGCCUUCAUAUAUGAUGAAGAAAUUGUAUGGUGGGAAGGCCUGGUGCUCAUCAUCUUGUACGUGUUUUACAUCCUGAUCAUGAAGUACAAUGUGAAGAUGCAGGCCUUUUUCACAAUCAAACAAAAGACUGUUGCAAAUGGCAACACGGUCAGCAGUGAACUGGAGGAUGGUAACGAUUACUGUGAUAGUAGCUCUGAUGACCCCUCCCUGCCAUUGCUGGGGCAAGUGAAGGAGGAGCCACAGUACAACAAAAACCCAGUGGUGAUGGUGGACGAGGUCAUGAGCUCCAGCCCUCCCAAGUUCACCUUCCCAGAGGCAGGCUUACGGGUCAUGAUCACCAAUAAAUUUGGGCCCAGGACUCGUCUGCGGAUGGCCAGCAGGAUCAUAAUUAAUGAGAGGCAGAGGCUGAUCAACUCAGCCAACGGCGUGAGCAGCAAGCCGCUUCAGAACGGGAGACACGAGAGCAUCGAGAAUGGGAAUGUGCCCGUGGAAAACCUGGAAGAGCCACAGCGGGACCAAGAGCCCCCGCCGCAGCCCCCGCCGCCUCCCCAGGAGCCAGAGCCCGUGGAGGCCGCUUUCCUGUCCCCCUUCUCCAUGCCUGAGGCAAGAGGGGACAGAGUCAAGUGGGUGUUCACCUGGCCGCUCAUCUUCCUCCUGUGCAUCACCAUCCCCAACUGCAGCAAGCCCCGCUGGGAGAAGUUCUUCAUGCUCACCUUCGUCAUCGCCACGCUGUGGAUCGCUGUCUUCUCCUACCUGAUGGUGUGGCUGGUGACUAUUAUUGGAUACACCCUUGGGAUCCCCGAUGUCAUCAUGGGCAUUACUUUCCUUGCAGCAGGCACGAGCGUUCCUGACUGCAUGGCCAGCUUGAUUGUGGCGAGACAAGGCCUUGGUGACAUGGCGGUCUCUAACACCAUAGGAAGCAACGUGUUCGACAUCCUCGUGGGACUCGGCAUACCGUGGGGGCUGCAGACCAUGGUUGUUAAUUAUGGGUCCACGGUGAAGAUCAACAGCCGGGGUCUGGUCUACUCCGUGGCCUUACUGCUGGGCUCCGUCGCUCUCACCGUCCUCGGCAUCCAUUUGAACAAGUGGAAGCUGGACCGGAAGCUGGGGGUGUACGUGCUGGUCCUCUACGCCGUCUUCUUGUGCUUCUCCAUAAUGAUAGAGUUCAACGUCUUUACCUUUGUCAACCUGCCAAUGUGCCGAGAAGACGAUUAA